AUGUCAACAAAAACAAUACCUCCUUUUUCCACCUCAUUGAAAGCAAAAACAACUCAAUCAAAGCUACUCCAACCACCUUACUAUCAUAUUAAGAUUAAGUCUGCAACAAAAUCAAAAAAUCAUCCUAACAACAAAAUCAAUCAACUAAUCAAUGAAGAUAUACUAGGGGUCUCCACUGAUAAAGAAAUUGAUAACAACAUUACCAUAAUCAAUCAAUUAAUCAAAAAAGAUAGGGUCGACUUUAAUGAUCAAGAUGAUGAUUACAAAGAAACUAUUUCUGAUAAUGAAUCUAACAAUUCAACUAACACAUUAGAUCAUGAGGAAAUAUCUAAUGACCAAACAAACAAACAAAUAAAAAACCAAUCACCUCAAGAUGACAAUAAAUCAUACAGGGUUAAUGCACUAAACAACAUCUUUACAAGAUUAGUUUAA